AGAACACAUUCUUGCACAAUCAGCAUCUAUUCCUUUCAGUUCUGAACCUUCUCCUUGUGAAGAAACUACUGAACAGCCACUGUUAAUCAGCUCCUUUCUCCCUCUCCGUUCCCAGGACAUUUGCCAAGGUUACAGAGAUGGGAGGGGAGGGGAGCUGACACAAAGAAGCACAGGGGGGGUGAGCCGCAUGCAGAAUGUAUGAGACAGCUCAGAGGAGGCAGAGGUCCACUCUGAGCGGAGCAGCUGCAGUUUUGUGAGGCAGCCUGCGACAGGAUUUUCCAAGGAUUUCCAUCACAUUACAUCUUUGGGUAUAGUGGGACAACACAUUCGGAUGCUUCUGGAUUGCGUCAGGAGUCAGCUGACUGGGGGGGAAAGGGCGCAGCGUGCAGGCAGUUUAUCUCCGGCUGUAAGAGGACACUAACCGCAUGGUGAGCUUGUUGUGAGCCGGUCACCAGCACGGGAGCCGACAUGCAGAAUGUACCAGAGGAGUGGAGGGAAGGAGAGGAGAGGAUGGGGGAGAUGGUAGUGAAGAGGAAAGUGGACUCAGAGGGGAAGAAGAAUGAAGGGCAAGGAGGUGGAGAGGGGGAGAAGGAGUCGCUGAUGAUGGAGCUGACCAAGCUGGUGCAGAAGGUUGUGAAAGAGAGCAGCUGGUGGGAGAGGAGAGGGAUCGAUUGCAGCAUCCUGGCAGCAGCAUUCCUCUGUCUGGCCCCGGCCUUCCUGCUGCUGGGCUCCUCUCAGGUUCUGUACUUUUCGGCGGGCAUGCUGCUGAUGGGCAUGGCUCAUGCUGUCAUCACCUUCAAAGGGACACAUCUGGCCAGCCACGGGUCCCUGAGCGAGUCGCAGGCCUGGGCGAAGGUCUGGGCUGUCUUCUUUAUCGAGAUCUGUGGCUCAUUCUCAGCGCAAGCCGGCGUUCAAGGCCAUAUUAAGAUGCAUCAUGCUCAUACUAAUGUCAUUGGACUGGGGGACUCCAGCGUGUGGAAGGCCCCCUUCCUGCCUCGCACUGUCUACCUGUUCAUAGCACCCCUGGCCGUGCCUAUCAUCACUCCACUUGUUGCACUCGCUCACCUCAGAGGAAACUCUGUGGCUGUCAUGGUCCGGACCGUCCUGAUGGUAACACUGGGCCUGUAUUCCCAGUACUGGCUGCUGAUACACGUCUCCGGAUUCCUGUCGCCUCUCAGCGCUUUGCUUUGUAUGCUUGUUUGCAGAGCAAUGUUCUCUGUGACCUUUAUCCAUGUCAACAUUUUCCAGCACAUUGGCCUCCACAUGUUCUCUGCGACCAGCCGACCCAAGAGGAUCUACCAGAUGACCCACGGGGUCUUGAACCUGCCGCGUAACUCCCUGCUGGACUGGAUGUUCGGACACUCGCUUAUCAACUGCCAUGUGGAGCACCAUCUCUUCCCCUUCCUCUCUGAUAACAUGUGUCUAAAGGUGAAGCCGGUUGUUUCCAAGUAUUUGACGGAAAAGAAGCUCCCGUACCAGGAGGACAGCUACUUCUCCCGCCUCCGUCUUUUCUUCAACAAAUACCAGGAACUGAUGGUGUUUGCCCCGCCGAUCACAGAGCUGGUGGGGGUGCAGUAAGGAGACAAACUGCCCAGACUAAAGACUGCUGCUGCUGCUGCUCCAAAGCACAAGCCCUAGUGUUAAAGUGUUAUCUACUAUCCAGGUUUUAAGUCUCUAACAUGCAGAACAUAGGUUUUAAUCAAUAGCACACAUGUAGUUUGGUAUCAUUAUGUUCUGCACUUUUAGCGGUAAUUUAAUGAAUAGCACAAAGAUAAGCACUCAACCAAAAGUUGACCUGAUUAUGUAUAAGUCAGUGUAGAUAUGGUUUCAAAUCACCUCCUUUAACUCUAAAUGUAAUCACAUUCUAGGAUCAUCAGGAGAUUUAGAGGAUCAUAUUUUAGGAUCUUAUUAUAGCACUAAUAACAUAACAAUUAAUAAAGCACAAUUGUAGUAUAAUAGAAACAGCAGUACAAUAAAUAUGUUUUUACUGUUUCAUUUGCUGUUUCCUCAGCUCUAGUUACAAUAUACAUGCACACAGAGGUGCUUCAGUGUGUUUCUAAUAAUACAUUUUAAAUUAAUUUUCAUGAACUACACAUUGUUUCAUUGCCUUCAUUGCCUUUUUUUCAAAUAAAAAAACAAUUGUGGAACCAAGA